CUUUAUAAAUGGCGCUAGAGGCCGACGGUGGGGGUGUAGGGGGAGGGUGUUGCCGCCAUUUUGUAGGAUGUUUGUCGCAGCGACUGGGAGAGAAGACGGCGGUUUGGUGACAAUUACUGGCCAAAGGGCCUUUUACUUUUGCGGAGAUGAGGCAUUCCAAAAGAACUCACUGCCCUGACUGGGAUAGCAGAGAAAGCUGGGGACAUGAAAGCUACAGUGGAAGUCACAAACGGAAGAGGAGAUCCCACAGUAGUACACAAGAGAACAGACAUUGUAAACCACAUCACCAGCUUAAAGAAUCUGAUUGUCAUUAUUUAGAAGCAGGGUCCUUGAAUGAGAGAGAUUAUCGGGACCGGAGAUACAUUGAUGAAUACAGAAAUGACUACUGCGAAAGAUAUGUUCCUAGACAUUAUCACAGAGACGUUGAAAGCAGUUAUCGAAUCCACUGCAGGAAAUCUUCAGUCCGAAGCAGGAGAAGCAGUCCUAAAAGGAAGCGUAAUAGACACUGUUCAAGUAAUCAGUCACGUUCGAAGAGCCACCGAAGGAAAAGAUCCAGGAGUAUAGAGGAUGAUGAGGAGGGUCACCUGAUCUGUCAAAGUGGAGACGUUCUAAGAGCAAGAUAUGAAAUCGUGGACACUUUGGGAGAAGGGGCCUUUGGCAAAGUUGUAGAGUGUAUUGAUCAUGGCAUGGGUGGCAUGCAUGUAGCGGUGAAAAUCAUAAAAAAUGUGGGACGAUAUCGUGAAGCAGCUCGUUCAGAAAUCCAAGUAUUAGAACAUUUAAAUAGUACUGAUCCCAAUAGUGUCUUCCGAUGUGUCCAGAUGCUAGAAUGGUUUGAUCAUCAUGGUCAUGUUUGUAUUGUGUUUGAACUCCUGGGACUUAGUACCUAUGAUUUCAUUAAAGAAAACAGCUUUCUGCCAUUUCAAAUUGACCAUAUCAGGCAAAUGGCAUAUCAGAUCUGUCAGUCAAUAAAUUUUUUGCAUCAUAAUAAAUUAACCCAUACGGAUCUGAAGCCUGAAAAUAUUUUAUUUGUGAAGUCUGACUAUGUAGUCAAGUAUAAUUCAAAAAUGAAACGUGAUGAACGCACACUGAAAAACACAGAUAUCAAAGUUGUUGACUUAGGAAGUGCAACAUACGAUGAUGAACAUCAUAGUACUUUGGUAUCUACACGGCAUUACAGAGCUCCAGAGGUCAUUUUGGCUUUAGGUUGGUCUCAGCCUUGUGAUGUUUGGAGCAUAGGUUGCAUUCUUAUUGAAUAUUACCUUGGUUUCACAGUCUUUCAGACUCAUGAUAGUAAAGAGCACCUGGCAAUGAUGGAACGUAUGUUAGGACCCAUACCAACACGCAUGAUUCAGAAAACACGGAAACACAAGUAUUUUCAUCAUAAUCAGCUAGAUUGGGAGGAACAUAGUUCUGCUGGUAGAUAUGUUAGGAGACGCUGCAAACCAUUAAAGGAAUUUAUGCUUUGUCAUGAUGAGGAACAUGAGAAACUGUUUGACCUGAUUCGAAGAAUGUUAGAAUAUGAUCCAGUGAAAAGAAUUACCUUGGAUGAAGCAUUGCAGCAUCCUUUCUUUGACUUAUUAAAAAAGAAAUGAAAUGGAAAUCAGUGGUCUUACUAUACUUCUCAAGAAGAGAUUAUUUAAGACUGUGUCAGUCAACUCUAAACAUUCUAAUAUUUUUGUAAACCUUAAAUUAUUUUGUACAGUUAAGUGUAAAUGCUGUAUGUUUUGUAUCAAUAGCAUAAUUAUCUUGUUAAGCAAAUAUGGUCUUGAUAAUGAAUGAAAUAUAAAAGCUAAAAUUAAUUUUCCUUUUUUGAGAUUAAUUACCAUUUUUAAAGACCUUUGGAAUAUCUUUUGUGUCCAGCGAUAAAUGUGAUUGAUCUUGCUUUUUUGUACAUGGAGGUUGACUCUUGGAAGUGAUUUUUGUGUUUUGUUUUUUGUUUUUUUUGAGUAAAAGGAAAUCUUGGCUACUUCAUUCUUAAAAGAAUAUUCUUUAUUUACCUCAAACUUUUCUUAGCUUUAAAAGUUUUUUCUGUAAUUGUUGAACAGGUAAUAAGUAUUAUUAACUCUAGGUAGGCAGGUAUUAGAAACCAAAACCCAUAGGAACUGUUUGCUGUUGGAAUUUCAUACUUACAAUUGUGUUCUUUUUCAUUGGGUGAUGUCAGUGGUGGUAAGUAGCAUUCAUGGAAAGACAUCCAACUUGUGCAUCGUAAUAGGUUAAUAAAACCACAUACACACUUCGUUUAAGAUUAAAGUCUAACUGGAAAGUUAGCUUGGAAAGUCCUGUUUUCCAAUGGCUAUUUAUGUAGUUAGUCACAAAUGUAGAAAUAGGAAUUCUGAUGACUGAGGUUUUUGUUUUUAAUGCCAAAUCUUCAGGAGUCUAGAAAUUGUCCAAUAUCUGUUUCCUUACCAUAUGAAGUAUAAAUACUUAAACCUUAGCCUAUGAGACUUUAAGGUUAUUAUUAAACAAUUUGUAUUUAUGUUACUCUUUACUGGGAAAAAAAAAAAAAGAUUUGAUUGGAGAACACUUGGGAAGAAAACUGCAGAAAUUUCCAGACCCUGAUUGGUUAACAUAAUGAACUUUUUGUUUGUAGGUAUUUUUUUCUGUUUACCUGUUUUCACAUUAAAAACUACAUGGUAAAUAUUAAUUUAGUAAAAAAAAAAACAAAAACUAUUGAUCAGUCUGCCAGGUAAAAAUGUUUUUUGUUGUAGAUUUCAUGAUUGAUUAUCCAGAUAAAGGUUUUUUGUUAAAAGUA